CAUGCAAACGUUCAAUGCCAUUUACUUGUGUUUUUUCGUGUUUGGUACCUGGAGUUUUAUAUUAUUUCUUAAAAUCAUUGCCAGUACACAUUAACCAUCAUACAACAUAGCGAGUUCGAAAUAUGAUUUUCAUAUUAAUUUUAUCAAUAUUGGUGUUGUGGAUCGUGUAUGGUCGUUACAAAAAUCGUCAUAAACGGAAACUGGCAGGGUUAUGUAGGAAUAGCCAAAUGAGUCUACCAGUGAUUGGAGUUGCCCAUCAUUUUGUUGGAACCGAUGAGGAUCGUAUGAUAGCGUUGAUGAAGAUAGGCAGAGAAGCGAUCAAGCAAGGCGGUGUGGCUGGCGGGUGGCUACUUAACACACUAAUGGUUGUCGUAGCUGAUCCUUACGAUGCUGAAGAAGUGAUGAGAGUCAGUCUCAGGAAGAUGGAUGGACUAGAAAUCACAGGAGAUCUUAUUGGAAACGGACACAUGUUCGCUCAAGUUCCUAUCUGGCGACCUCGACGAAAAGCCAUAGCUCCGAUACUGGGCCAGAAAAGUAUGGAGAUGUUUUUGGAAACAUUUACUAGGCAAAGUGAGGUGAUGAUGGAUCAAAUAUCAGCGCAUAGUGGAAAAGGGCCUUUUUCUAUAUCCAAGUUUAUUACAGCUUAUUCCAUGGAGUCUAUUUGCGAAACUAGUCUCGGAAUCAGAACAGAUAUUCAAAACAACCCAGAUCACCCAUUUCUCUUGGCGUUUCUUAGAUUUGGGAAGAUGUUUGUCGCCCGUCUAAUGAAACCCUGGCUUUAUCCAGAUUUCGUGUAUAAACUUAUGCCUUACUACCGCCAUUAUAAGAAGCAAAUUGAUAUCCUUCAGGAAUUUGUAAGACAGGUAAUUGUUGCAAAACGAUUGAAAUUCAGAGACUUCGAGAACGAAAAUCGUGCGGAAUGUGACCAAUUACAAAAUCAACCAGACAACAAAAAGUCAUUCUUAGAACGACUCAUAGACAUCGGAUUUAACGACGAGCAAUUGCAAGAAGAAAUGUUAGUUCUUAUUCUAGCAGGCGCUGAUACUUGCACAGUGGGAGCUUCUUUCACUGCAGUAAUGUUGUCGCAAUAUCCAGAGGUUCAAGACAAAGUUUACACCGAGCUGAGGGCAGUACUUGGAGAUUCAGAUAGACCACUGGAGCUAGCAGAUGCUGGUCAACUGAAAUACCUAGAAGCAGUGAUCAAGGAGACUCUUCGACUUUACCCGCCCGUGCCUGCUAUUGUUAGAAUGGUGGAAAAGGAAUUCACUUUGCCUUCUGGAUUCAAACUGAUACCAGACGUUGGUGUGGCUAUUCACAUUUGGGCGUUGCACAGAAAUCCGACAUUUUGGGGGAAAGAUGCAGAAGAAUUUAGACCUGGAAGAUUUUUAGACACUAACCUGAAGCACCCAGCAGCUUUUAUGCCCUUUAGUUUUGGAGCCCGAAAUUGUAUUGGGUCACGAUAUGCAAUGAUGUCAAUGAUGAUAGUCAUAGCUACUUUAGUGAGAAGAUUUAAGAUACUCCCAUCGAAAGGUGCCAGUAUACAGAAGCAUCAGAAAUGUAAGAAGAAACCACUUCGGACCAAAUUCGACAUUAUGAUGAGGCAUGUCGAUGGAUAUCAACUACAAAUAGAACCUAGAAGAUGACGCUGAUGGUUACGAGUUUAUGUUUGUUUUAAUUUUACGACCAUCCAUAAAUAGUUAAUAUCGUUUGUAUUUCUUUGAUUAGCAUUAGUUUUAUUUUAGGUAGGUAUAAAAAUCAAUUAAAAAGUUCAUAAAUAAAAUUAAUUGUAUGAAAUA